GAAUAAAUCUGGCAACUGCUCCAUCCAAUGAGAGGUCUCGUGAACAGUACCCUCCGCCCUCCACGGCCAGGCCUAAACUUUUCUGCUACAUGGAAGGCUAGUUCCGGGAAAGGAAAAAUGGCCUGGUCCUGGUAGCAGUACGCGUAAUGUUAGGUCAGGCCCGUGACUUCAUAUGGCACGUUUCUUUUGUGUGGAAUUAAUCGACCAGUGUCCCUUUGAUACUUGGACUACUUGACGUAGGCUGUGGCUUUUUCGACGCCUUUUCAGUCAAGUUGAAAGAAAACUUUUCAAGUCAUCUCUCAUCGUCCCAAAUCCUCUGCCAAAGGAUCGAUGAAAUACGGACAGUGGAUGCAGUAAUCGGGAUAUCCUGUCUCCGUAUGUGAACCCCCGGCGACCAGCGCGUCACUUGACAGUUCCGUGGUACCAGCUAUGGCGCGAUGUCCCGUACAUGGAGCGCUUCUGCUGGUUCUCUGCAUCUCGGGUCUUGUGAGCUAUGUGGCUGGAGGCCCGUGUUCCAGUUUCUUCAAAGCUUUCACCAUUGACAAUGAUGACACUGAAUCAGAGAUCACCAGCUCUGGAAUAUGUUUAGAAGAGUACAUAACUUCAGACUGCAAAAGUUUUGUCAAAAGCUUCAACCGUUCUUUUCUGCCUUCAAGUUUUGAAGAUGGGAGUUCGGUACAGAGGCCUGCCAGUAUAAAACUUAACCCCCUGCAAAAUGAAUAUGAUAGUCAAAGUGGCAAGAUGUUGCUGCCAGGGGUCGAUAUUGUGUGGGACUCUCCCAUUUCAGACAGUGCCAAGGAGAACUUGAAAGGCUUUGUCCUUACCUAUUGGACAUUGGAAGGAGAGAAGGGAAGUGGUUGUAGAUUGUUUCAACUUGAUCCAGAUAAAAUGUCUUUUGGAAAAACGUGGCCCAAGCUGAGGUUCUCCUACGAGCUUCAGUACGUGUAUUCUAACACGACCCUGACUACCACUGUGUACAGCAUUCCCACACCGAAACCGGGGGAUCACUUAAAUACACAGACGUUUCAGCGGACUGAAAUGAGGAGCAGCCAGUCUCUUCCUUUGAAUGACAAGCCUGGUUAUUGGGUACCUAGUGUAUCCUUGCAGGCUGGAGGAAAUGGUAAACUGGAUGUGGGUCUGAGCCUCUCCCCAGCACUCUACAAUUUCACUGAGUUUGAUCUGAAGUUACUCAAGAGGUCCGUUAGUGAAGUGAAUUAUUUCAAGAAGGUUGUCUUCAGGACUCAGGUGGCAUCUGCGAAUAAAAGCUCUGACCACUUUGUCUUUGAAGAUCUGGAGGCCGAUAUGUACAAAUUAGUGGUGCAGCCUAAAGAACUAUUUCCAGAUGAAAGCAGACAGUGCUUGUGUUGGGACGAAGAGAAUGAUGUGACUGGGGAGAGACACUGUAGGUUGAACUGUGACUCCAUCAUGACCGGCUGGGUCAACCUCACAGAUGGAUACACAGGACCAACCAGCAGUUCCUCGAGCCCAACCACCACUUUCCCCAGCACUUCCUCUAGCAAACCAGCCUCGUCUGAUAUGUCUGUUGGCAGUAUGAAAACGGACUCAACAUUUAUAAUUGUAACUGUGCUUGUGACUGUUGCGGUUUUUGUCCUCGUGUUGCUGGCAGUGUGUUGGUACAAGCGCAGAUGUCAAUUCCGUACUUGCAUGAAGGAUCUGCUGUCUGGAAAGGAGAAAGAGAAGGCUCUGCAGUCCCUGAGGGAAAAAGGCCCUUUUGCUGGUCCUCCUAGUCCAGAGAUUGUUAUGUCAACAGAUCAGAAAAGCGUCAUGCCUCUGAGUGUGAAGACUAUUUACGUGCUGUAUAGUGAAGACCAUGAAGAUCACAUCAGCCUAGUGGACUCUUUGGCCAAUUUUCUGCAAGUUCAUUGCAGCUGUCGUGUCAUCUACCGGCGCUGGUGCGACCUCGGGCCGGAGCAGGGUGGGCUGGCUUGGGUGGUCUCCAACAUCAACAGUUCGGACCUGGUGCUUUUUGUGGCUUCCCAGGGAGCAGAGAAGUUUUUGGACGCACAGCUGAGCAAGAAGGUGUACCGCCAGCGUCGUUUGGGACCUGAGGGAGACCUGUUUCUCCUGGGCGUACAGAGAUUGUUGAGUGAUGGGAAUGGCUCGUGUAAUCAGUGGGACAACGUGGUGCCCGUUCAUUUUGGCGAAACCAGAUGGUGCCGCCAACAGAUGCUGUUCCCACUCAUGUACCAGCUGCCCUCACACCUCCCGGACAUGGUGCAGAAGAUACAUAAGCUAAGCCCCAGUGCUGCCAAGGCUCACAGUGUGAACUUGCCACUGUCUGUAGAGACCUUACACGAACUACCUGAUGGGUUAAGACUUCAGGCUGCCAUCUCCUCAGCACAACAGUACGAAGCAAAUAACCCAAAUUGGUUUGAAGAGAACUUUGGUAGCGCCACACCCAUCUUGGCAACCACAGCCUGUAUUUCUCACACUGAUUCAGACUACGGCUCUCUAGGCCCAAUGCAGUCUGUGUCCUCCCAGGAUGUAAAUACGAGCGACUACAUGGGCAGUCCAGCAUCUGUGUUCGACUAUCCGCCAGAUUUCGGUUUGUACCGCCAUCCAUCAACACGUUCGAAUCCUGACAUGUACUCAAAUGCACUUCACGAGUACGGCGUACAGAGGCCUCGAGGGGGUGGCUCUCAGCGCAUGCCACGUCAGCAGAAGGAGUAUGUGCCCAGUGUGUUUACGCUCCACAGCGAUGUGAAUGAUAUGGAUAAGGUGCAGCAGACAGGGGACGCUGCUGGCCCAAUCCGGCCUCCAGAGACCGUCUCUGACGUUGGCACAGACGUUAUGAGCAAUGCUCUACGUAAUGUCAAUGCCAGACACGAGUGGGCGGCCAUUCCACCAUCUGUCUCGAGGACCACAUCACCGGCCAGUAGAGAGCAGUGGCGUGAUGAUGAAAUGAGCCGUCCAUGGCAUCCACCUCAAGGCAUUCGACCCCCCUUCGAACUGAGCAGCAUAAAGCCCCCACAGCCGUGCUCUGACAUGAGUAGUGACUGUAUGAGUUUAGCAUUUCAGCGAGUCAAUGCCUCAUCUGACGCCAUUUUCCUGGAUCAAGCGCCACGUCCACCCCUGGAGGAGGUGAUAGAGGAAGACAGUUUUCAUGGAAAGGAACAGGAAUUUGAUGCUAUUAGCGUUUAACUUUUUCCUUGAUAAGCCAGCAUUUUCUGUUUCAUCACUUUGACCAUGGAAUGGUAACAAAGAAGGAUGAAGGACAAGAAUGCGUGUGUAACCAAGGCUGCAGGAUGCUAAAAGUCAUUCCCAGCCACAUUUGUUGGGUUUUACAGCCAUUUUAUGAUGUCAUACAUAACUCAUCUUAUACCAUGUUUACAUUUUUUAGCUGACCUGUUGCACAAUAUGACUCUUUGCCAGAACUUUUUCUAAAGGCCUAACAUCUUUACUGUAUAAAGUUCAUUUUAAAACAUGUUGAGUUCUUGGCCAAACUGUUAAGCAGUAAGACUUUUGUCAGAAGCUGAUGAUUUUUUAAACAUUUGAGUGCAGUGCAGACAAACUCUUCCGCUGCUAAUGAUUUUUGCUUGGCCAUGCCAAACAACACACAUGGCUGUGAUCAGCCUGAAAAAGAUAUUUCUGCAUUAAAUUCAAUGUGUGUUUGGGCAUUUUUGUGCAAAACUGGAGGGAUUCACUUGUUGCAGAUUUCAUCUCAGCACUCAGGUGGUUAAAAGUCCAAGUUCCUGGAUGUGGCCAAAAAAAUGCCAAAAAUGGUACCCAUGCAGUGAAGGCUUCGAGUCUUGUCUAAGAGAACCUCAAACAUUUCACUUAACGUGGCCCACCUGUUUUCCACCUGUGUGUGAGAAUGAAGAUAUCUGGGCCAUCCCAUGUUAGAUGUAUCUUUAAUUCUCUUGUGGUAAUGGAGAUAAAAAGUGGGGAUCAUCAUUAUGCAAUCUUGUCAUUAUGCAAUUAUUUUAGGCGGUAUGAUAUUACUUUUUUCAUUAACACUUUACUUUUUGCUUUAUGUUCCUACAAACGUAAGAAUGUGUAGUGUAAUUAAGAAGCAGUGUUGAUUCGGAAUUGGUAACAGGGUUUUUCACUGUGCAGCUGAAUGAGAAGGAAGUAAAGAAUGCGAAAAAGGUACGUCUGAAUUUAUGAGAGAGAUUCAUUUUGCUGCCUAGAAGUACAACAGGCAUAAUUCGUCAUUUCUUUUGUGUGCAUUACAAAAACGUAUUCAGAAAAUAAUUUUAUUGUCUGUUUUCCCCUGACAAAUGUGGUACAUGUAUACAAUCUGCUUGUCCAAGAGACAGUUGCACAAGUGUUUGUACUGGCAUUGACAACCUGGUGAUUAGAAAUGGCAUUCUAUCUUCAUGAAUUACUGUUUAUGAUAGAUUGCUCCGUUCACAUGCUAAAAUGUGUGGGAAAGUUCAAAGAGCAGGGUAUAAAAAAAUCUUUAGUCUCCUCAAAAGAGAAUUUUAUUUUUUAUUUUUUUUAUUGAAUCAAAAAAAUGCAGUGUAAACUGCCAUCUCUAUGCGUGCCAUUGAUAACAUCUGAGGAUAUAGACGGUCUGUUGCAAGGUCCUUGGAACUGUUGAUUUGUUGAUGAACACUGUGUUGAAUUUAUGUGCUGUGCUGUUAUAGAAUUUUUUUAUGCUGUUACCUUAACAAUUUUAUGUGUUAUUUCGAGUUCUUAUUAAUAUGAAAUUUUUGUUUCUUAAAAUUUUGCAAAUUGAAAACUUGCACUGCGUUCCAUUUAAAAAGCACUGAUAGAGCCAGAAAUGCCUGCUUGCAUUGUUGAAAAAUUUUAAAAAAAA